AUGGCGCUGUACUGUGUAGCCUGCCAGCUCGAUGGUAGAGUCCGUGAGUUCAAACUUACAAUUGCAGCUGAAAAUGUGAACGCCAACAUGGAAGUGAGUCUAACCCGCAGUGCACAAGGACGCCUGGCUAUCGAUAUGCCAGUUUGUGAAGCCCUGGCUGGGAAAUUUUUGCCAAUCACAAAUGGAAAUGAGUGGCCAAGGAUUGGAACAGAGCGUUUCCCUCAAAUCUUCAGUUUCUUGUUCUGCCGUGCAGUGAGCUGGUUCGUCCUGCCUGCUGUCAAAGGAAUGCUGGACACCACUCCGAUGACCACAGAGGUGUCCCCAGACUUUGGCAUUGCUAUAGACUACACUCUGACCAGAGAUGUGCAAAUGAGGGCCACCGGCCUCGAUUUGUCUUUCAAGGGUCUGGUUUACAGGCCAGCAGACAACAUCAAUCCACCAAAUCCUGGUGUGGAGCUAGCUUUCAAUGAAAAUACCCGCAUGGCUUAUGUGGGUGUCUCAGACUUCCUGUUCAACAGCGCUGCCACUGCCUUCUACAGCGCAGGAGCUUUGGUGAAACAAGAACCGUGGCAUUUGAGAGAGGCUGUUGAUGCUGAAAUAAAACUCACUGAGGCACCGAGCUUCAGCAUCUCUGAAAGUGAAGGAGUCACCAUCAACCUGAGAGCUAAACUACAAGAUUCUGCCUCAGGGACCAGGGCGCCUGGAAAGCUCCUCGCUGUAUCUAUGAGGUGUGCGGUCAGUAUGAAAGUUUCUAUUGAUGGAACUCAUCUGUUUCUUCCUUACGAUAAAGUCAGCUGUAAAAUACAAACCCGCAAUGUUGUCAGAGAUGUUCUGGUGAAGAUUGUGAAAAAUAAAGUGAACAAGAAGAUCAGUGACUUCCUGGAGGGUUAUUUUAAGGAUGGAGUAAAGAUUCCUCUCCCUGAAGGGAUGAUCUUCACUCAGCAAAUGAUCACAUAUCAUGAUGGCUUUGUGGUGCUGGGAGGAGACCUAUCCUUCACUGCAGCUGGGAGGCAGGGAAUGGUGAACAUGGCGAGGGGACCCGGCAAAUAA